AUGACUAAGCUUGUGCUUCUCAGCCGAGGAACUGCACUACUGCUUUGUCUAUUGAUCUUCCAAUCAGCAUCCACUUCCCAUGGCCAAGCGAGUGUAUCUGGAGCCUGCAUCAGCAGCGAGCGAGAUGCGCUUCUGUCCUUCAAGGCAAGCCUCUUGGACCCUGCUGGCCGUCUCUCUUCCUGGCAGGGUGAGGAUUGUUGCCAAUGGAAGGGAGUCCGGUGCAGCAACAGAACGGGCCAUCUCAUCAAGCUCAACCUCCGCAACAGCGACAUGUACGAGUACAGUUACUACAUGGACGACUACAUGUACGACUACAUGUACCACUACAGCCACUACAGCUACCCGAACGAGAGCAAACCAUUGAGCUUGUCGGCAGGCGAGAUGAGCUCUUCUUUGGCUACUCUACAACACCUGAGGUAUCUUGAUCUGAGCGGGAAUGACUUCAAUGGCACAAGCAUCCCUGUGUUCUUAGCUUCUCUCAAGAACCUAAGGUAUCUCAACCUCUCGUGGACAGGAUUCAGUGGGAGAAUACCUUCCCAACUUGGCAAUCUCUCAAAGUUGCAAUAUCUUGAUCUCAGUAGGAAUUAUGAUUAUAAUUGGAUUGAGUCUUACAUAGUGGAUCUUGCAUGGUUGUCACGUCUCUCUUUGUUGAGUCAUCUUGACAUGAGCUAUGUGGAUCUUAGCUCUGCGAGGGAUUGGUUUCAGAUGGUUAGCAUGCUUCCUUCUCUGAAAGUGCUUCGCUUGUCCGAGUGUGGACUCAAUGGUAUUAUAUCUGCUAGUAUAUCAAUUUCCAACCUCACACAUCUUGAGGUCCUAGAUGUGUCUGAUAACACCUUCAGAAUACCUUCCCAAUUUGGCAAUCUCUCAAAGUUGCAAUAUCUUGAUGUGAGUUGGAAUUUUUAUCCCAAUGUGGAUCAUGCAUGGUUGUCACGUCUCUCUUCGUUGAGCCAUCUUGACAUGAGUUCUGUGGAUCUUGGUUCUGCGAGGGAUUGGUUUCAGAGUGUUAAUAUGCUUCCUUCUCUUAAAGUGAUUGGCUUGUCCAGUUGUGGACUCAACAGCACCAUGUCUGCUAGUAUAUCACUUUCCAACCUCACACAUCUCGAAGUCCUUGAUAUGUCUGGUAACAACUUCUAUACUUCACUCAAGCAUGCAUGGUUUUGGAAUCUCAAAAGCCUUAAGGAGCUUUACCUCUCCUAUUCCAGCUGGAUAGGGUCUAUUCCUAGUGAUUUGGCAAACAUGACGACCCUUCAAGUCAUAGAUUUAAGUUGGAAUCAACUCGUGGGUUUGAUACCAGAAAAUUUGGAAAAUUUGUGCAAUUUGGAAAUAAUGAGGUUUAGUGGUAACAACAUAGGUUCGAGCAUAGGGGAGUUCAUGAGGCGAUUACCAAAGUGCUCAUGGAAUACAUUGCAAGAAUUUUCAGUGCAGGAUGCAAAUAUGACCGGGAAUCUACCCGGUUGGAUUGGUAACAUGACCAAUCUCAUUGUUCUUCAUCUAUCUGAAAACAUGUUGUGUAGCCCUCUACCUGUAGGAGUUGGAGCACUGAGUAAUUUGAAAUGGCUGAACCUCAGGAACAAUAACUUCAGUGGUGUGCUCUUGAAAGAACAUUUUGCAAGCUUAGGUAACUUAGAGAUUUUGGACCUCAGAUACAAUACCUUCAACGGUGUGUUGUUGAAAGAGAUAUUUGCAAGAUUAGUAAAAUUAAGGAUUUUGGACCUCAGCUACAACAAAUUCAGUGGUGUGCUCUUCAAGGAAAGUUCUGCAAGUUUUGGUAAUUUGGAGCAUUUGGACCUCAGCUAUAACAACUUCAAUGAUUUUCUCUUGAAAGAAAACUCAAAAAGUUUUGGUAAAUUAAAGCAUCUGGAUCUUAGCCAUAAUAAAUUAGAUAGUGUGCUCGUGGAGGAGCAUUUUGCAGGCCUAUCGAAUUUAGAGCAUCUGGACUUGUCCUACAACUCUUUGAUAUUAGCUAUCAACCAAAAAUGGGUUCCUCCAUUUAGAUUGAAAGUCGCAAGAUUCCAGUCAUGCCAAGUGGGGCCCAAUUUUCCAGAGUGGCUUAAAGGGCAAUCUAACAUUGAUGUUCUUGUUCUUGGUGAUGCAAAUCUGGAUGAUGUUGUUCCUGAGUGGUUUUGGGUGACAUUUUCCCGAGCUUCAAUCUUGCAAGCAUCAGGAAACAAAUUGCAUGGCUCAUUACCAGCAAAUCUACGACACAUGUCAGCGGGCUAUAUACAUCUCGGAUCCAAUAAGUUUACAGGUCAAGUCCCACAGUUUCCUAUAAAUAUAGCACGAUUGAACCUAUCUUCAAACUUUUUAUCCGGGUCUUUGCCAUCAGGGCUAAAUGCUCCACUACUCGAAGAGUUGUUGCUUGCAAAUAAUCAACUCACAGGCACCAUCCCGUCAUCUAUAUGCCGACUGACUAGAAUGAAAAGGUUGGACCUAUCAGGAAAUCAUUUAGAAGGAGAUAUUGGGCAGUGCUGGAAGGAAUUUGAUGCAAACUCUACAAAUCAAUUUGGUUAUGACAUGCUGAGCUUAGCCCUUAAUAACAAUGAUCUCAUCGGUGAAUUCCCUAAAUUUCUUCAAAGGUCAUCAGGAUUAAUGUUCCUUGAUCUUUCUUACAACAAGUUAUUUGGAGGAUUGCCAGAAUGGUUACCCCAAAAAAUGUCACACCUGAAAAUAUUAAGAGUGAGAUCAAAUAUGUUCAGUGGUCACAUUCCUAAGAGUCUCACUUUCCUUAACAGUCUUCAUUAUUUGGACAUAGCACACAACAACAUAUCAGGAAGCAUACCAUGGUCUUUGUCAAGCCUGAAGGCAAUGAUGACAGUGGUGUCGCAGGACACGGGGGAUUACAUUUAUGAGGAGACCAUCCCAGUAAUCACAAAGGACCAAAAGCGUGACUACACCUUUGCAAUUUACCAGCUACUGGUAGUUCUUGAUUUGUCAAGUAAUAGUUUGGCAGGACAGGUUCCAGAGGAGAUAACUCUACUCAUUGGACUUACCAGCCUGAACUUGUCAAAUAAUCAGUUCAUAGGAACAAUCCCAAACAAAGUUGGCGAUUUAAAGCGGUUGGAGUCACUCGACCUAUCCUACAAUGAGUUUUCUGGUGCAAUACCAUCAAGUUUGUCAGCUUUAACUUAUUUGAGCCACUUAAACUUGUCAUACAACAAUCUGUCUGGUGCAAUACCAUCCAGCCAACAGCUACAAACUCUUGACAACGAGAUGUAUAUCUACAUCGGUAACCCUGGUCUUUGUGGAGAUCCUGUCAGUAGGAACUGCUCAAUACAUGAUGUAGAGCAAAGUGGCCUCGAAGAUAUAGAUCAUAUGCCAUCUGUUUAUCUUGCCAUGAGCAUUGGAUUUGUGGUGGGUCUGUGGACGGUUUUCUGCACCAUGUUGAUGAAGAGAACAUGGAGGGCUGCCUUCUUCCAGUUUGUGGAUAUGAUGUACGACAUGGUUUAUGUGCAAGUGGCUGUAAGGUGGGCUCACAUGAUGGAGAAAAUUCAAGACGGUGCACCAUGAAGUGCCCAACUCCACAACAAGCGAAUUGUUUCUAUCGAAGUAUUAUUUGUAUGUUCGCACCAUAUCACUAUUUGUAACU